AUGUCAGGUAUGCCCUACAUGAACUCGCGCUCCCCGCCCCCACUUCAACACCCGAAGCCUACACAUCCCGCUUACCCACCGCCCGAGCCACCGCACACGCCCGGGGCGUCCACAAAUAGCUCGCCCUACUCCCAGGCCGCGAGGAUAUCCCAGGACAAUGAGUAUAUGCGAUACAGCUCUCCACCUGUCGACGCUGCGCCUCGAUCCGCAUCGACGGCAGCUUCAUUCGCUGCGACCUCGGGGGUCAACCCGAACCCGUAUGGUGCCCCUGCAGCGUCAGGACCCUCACAGCGCGCUUCAGUGGGCUAUCCCAAUCCACAUGGCGUGCAGGGGUAUGGGCAUAUGGGAGCGAUGGGGAUGGGCGGUGCUCCUACCCAGGGCCAGGACGGUUUCGCAGCUUGGGGGAAUAUGAAUGACGCGACGGCGCAAAUGGGGGUGCAAUUUGGAAAGUCGGCGGUGGCUGCAGGGCAGGACUACGUCGAGAAGAAUUUCACGCGCUAUCUCCCCGCUCAGCUCAUCAAGACCUCUUUCCAGGUCACCAACUCCUACGUCCUGCGGAAACUCCGCCUGAUCCUCUUUCCGUGGAGACAUAAGCCCUGGGCGAGGCAGAUCAGGAGAGCAGACAGUGGCGGUAUGGAGGGAUGGCAGCCGCCAAGAGAUGAUAUCAACGCGCCAGAUCUGUAUAUCCCCACGAUGGCUCUGGUCACCUACACUCUGCUGUGCGGUCUCUCCAGCGGCCUGCAGAGCCGGUUCCACCCCGAAGUCCUCGGCGCCUCGUUCUUCCGGGCUAUGGUGGUCGUCAUCGUUGAGUUCUGCUUCAUCAAGCUGGGGUGUUAUCUACUGGAUGUGCGGGGCGGUGGAGCGAGCGGAGUCGAGUUGAUCGGGUAUGGAGGGUACAAGUUUGUCGGUAUCAUCACCACAAUUAUCGCAGGCUUCCUGAAGCUCGGCACACUAGCUACGACCGGGAUCUUCGGUUAUACCUUUGCUGCCAAUUUCUUCUUCCUGCUUCGGUCACUGAAAUACGUCCUCCUCCCCGACCCAGCAACGACCGGCGCGCCGACUCUUUCGCACGCGCAACGAUCACGGCGGAUCCAGUUCCUCUUUGUCCUUGCAGCAAGCCAGCUGCUGUGGAUGGGUUGGUUAUCACGGGUCUGA